UGGCGGAAAACGAACUCAAAUGGUACGAUAUCUUGGAGGUUCUUUUUGGAACCAUUCUUAGCUUUGCCGACCCUGUCACUGAUAUUCUUACACUGGUGGAAUUCUACCGCGCAAAUCACAAGACGUGGUUCGAUGUGGGGCUUGCAUUCAUUAUUUUGCCAAGUUUUUCUUUUCGCUAACUUAGUCUUUGAAGAAGACAGAGGCCAGUGUACGGUUUGGAAAUACACACGUGUUUUAGUCCUUGGAUGCAGUCCACUCCUUCCGGGCUGGAUGAAACUGCAAACGCUUAUUUUCUACCUAAAGAAGUUACUAAAACUCAGACAAGGUGGUAACACCGAUCAAACGGUUGAAAACUUGGAUGAUCUACUAAAGGCAAGCAAAUUUGCUGUUCUGACCGAGGCCGCUCUUGAAUCAGCUCCUCAGAUUAUUAUUCAGUUAUACGCCAUGGCUGUUCAACAGGAAUCGGUGACGAUCGUUCAAAUGGUUUCCCUGCCCGUGCCUUUCCUCAGCUUGGCUUGGGCGUCUAUUGUUGUUGAUGAUUGUAUUCACAGUGACGAAGGAGACCUCAAUUUCAGUUUGAAAGAUAGAGUUUUACUUUUUGUAACGCACUUAUUUAUUUUAAGCAGUCGACUGUUUGCAAUUGCUUUGUUCACUGUAAGCUACAUGUGGUGGGUUAUCAGUGUUUUGAUCUUUCACUGUACGGCCAUGACUAUAUGUGACACGACCAUUUGGCUUUGUAGUCAACGAAGCUUUGCCUGCGAAGACUUAUUUAUAACAGUUUUAAUUUCCUGCUUCCACUGGUUACGAGAUGAUUUGUCAAUGAUAGUAGGAGACGACGAAACAGAAAACAGUCAGAUUAAACAUUUUAGAAGAAUGCACUUGGUCUCCAACGUGCUGUUUGUGCUAAGUACCCCCCAUUUGAAGACUUAA